AUGGGAAGGGUUCGUGGGGCACUCUGGCGGGCAGCUUCACCAAUCAAGGAUACAGCUUCACCAAUCAAGGACACAGCUUCAACAAUCAAGGACACAGCUUCAACAAUCAAGGACACAGCUUCAACAAUCAAGGACACAGCUUCACCAAUCAAGGACACAGCUUCACCAAUCAAGGACACAGCUUCACCAAUCAAGGACACAGCUUCACCAAUCAAGGACACAGCUUCAACAAUCAAGGACACAGCUUCAACAAUCAAGGACACAGCUUCACCAAUCAAGGACACAGCUUCAACAAUCAAGGACACAGCUUCACCAAUCAAGGACACAGCUUCACCAAUCAAGGACACAGCUUCACCAAUCAAGGACACAGCUUCAACAAUCAAUGACACAGCUUCAACAAUCAAGGACACAGUUUCAUCAAUCAAGGACACAGCUUCAACAAUCAAGGACACAGCUUCACCAAUCAAGGACACAGCUUCACCAAUCAAGGACACAGCUUCACCAAUCAAGGACACAGCUUCAACAAUCAAGGACACAGCUUCAUCAAUCAAGGACACAGCUUCAACAAUCAAGGACACAGCUUCAACAAUCAAGGACACAGCUUCAACAAUCAAGGACACAGCUUCACCAAUCAAGGACACAGCUUCAACAAUCAAGGAUACAGCUUCACCAAUCAAGGACACAGCUUCACCAAUCAAGGACACAGCUUCAACAAUCAAGGACACAGCUUCAACAAUCAAGGACACAGCUUCAUCAAUCAAGGACACAGCUUCAUCAAUCAAGGACACAGCUUCAACAAUCAAGGAGAAAGCUUCAACAAUCAAGGACACAACUUCAGCAAUCAAGGACACAGCUUCAUCAAUCAAGGACACAGCUUCAUCAAUCAUGGACACAGCUUCAACAAUCAAGGACACAGCUACAACAAUCAAGGACACAGCUUCAUCAAUCAAGGACACAGCUUCAACAAUCAAGGACACAGCUUCAACAAUCAAGGACACAGCUACAACAAUCAAGGACACAGCUUCAACAAUCAAGGACACAGCUACAACAAUCAAGGACACAGCUUCAACAAUCAAGGACACAGCUACAACAAUCAAGGACACAGCUAUAACAAUCAAGGACACAGCUUCACCGUCCUUUCACUCGGUUCUCUAUAGUACCGUCACAAUUAAUGUGAGAGAGAGACACACACCACCACAGGAAAACAGAAACAAUCCUCCCAGAAAACAGACACCAACCUCCCAGAAAACAGAGACCAACCUCCCAGAAAACAGAGACCAACCUCCCAGAAAACAGAGACCAACCUCCCAGAAAACAGAGACCAACCUCCCAGAAAACAGACACCAACCUCCCAGAAAACAGAGACCAACGUCCCAGAAAACAGAGCAAACCUCCCAGGAAACAGAAACCAACAUCCCAGAAAACAGAGACAAACCUCCCAGAAAACAGAGACAAAUCUCCCAGAAAACAGAAACCAACCUCCCAGAAAACAGAGAGCAACCUCCCAGAAAACAGAAACCAACCUCCCAGAAAACAGAGAGCAACCUCCCAGAAAACAGGGACAUACCUCCCAGAAAACAGAGACCACCCUCCCAGAAAACAGGGACAUACCUCCCAGAAAACAGAGACCAAUCUCCCAGAAAACAGAGACCACCCUCCCAGAAAACAGGGACAUACCACCCAGAAAACAGAGACCACCCUCCCAGAAAACAGGGACAUACCACCCAGAAAACAGAGACCACCCUCCCAGAAAACAGGGACAUACCACCCAGAAAACAGAAACCAACCUCCCAGAAAACAGAGACCAACCUCCCAGAAAACAGAGACCAACCUCCCAGAAAACAGACACCAACCUCCCAGAAAACAGAGACCAACUUCCACAAAGCAAAAAACACAGGAGGGGAAAACGCUAGUGUGCGGCUAUAA